CGAAAACUCUACUUUGGAUGUCGAAGGCUGCCGGAGUAUAAUAAAACCCAUCACAGGUCACCCUCCUCGUCGUCUUGUCCAUCCUAGAAGUUCAAGUCAGCCCCAAUACAUCCUCCUCCUCUCGACUUCCGGCAAUCGCCAUCUUUUUUCCCUGACCCGUGCUUGCCCAAACCAAACCGCCAUCAUGCAGCUCAACACUUUGGCCCUGACGCUGGCUGCGGCCGUCUCCUCGGUCGCCGCCUACCCCAUCACCGGGGACGACGUCAACUGCCGCACCGGCCCCGGCACCAGCUUCAAGUCGGUCAAGACGUACCCGAAGGGCACCGAUGUUAAGCUCAGCUGCCAGACGUACGGCGAGGUGAUUUUCGGAAACUCCAUCUGGGACAAGACCCAGGACGGCUGCUAUGUCUCGGAUUACUACGUCAAGACGGGCAGCAACAACAUGGUCACCGGCGAGUGCCCCGACAACGGCAACGGCAGCGGCGGCUCCGUCUACCAGGGCAAGAUCAACCGCACCGAGAUCAUCUCGCGCGCCGAGUACUGGACCAAGCAGAACGUGCCCUACUCGAUGGAGAAGACGUACCCGGACCCGCAGGGCCGCUACUACCGCACCGACUGCUCCGGCCUCGUGUCCAUGGCCCUCCACGCCAUGGCCCCCGGCUACAGCACCGUCACCCUGCCCCAGAUCGCCGUGGCCAUCUCGUGGGACGACCUCAAGGCCGGCGACUUCAUCGGCACUCUGGGGGCCGGCACCGGCGGCUCCGGCGGCCACGUCACCGUCUUCCAGUCCUGGGUCGACGACGCGCACACGCAGUACUGGUCGCUCGAGUGCGCCAACAAGGAGAAGGGCUGCCUCCGCCAGAAGCGCAACGUCAAGUGGAAGGUGGGCAGCAACACCGCCAAGCCCUACCGCUACACCAAGGUCAUCAACUAA